GUCAAGAUGAAUUAAGUGUGCUCAAAUAGGACUUGUGUUACUAUUAAACAAAACUGUUUUAUUUGCAACAAUUUUGUGAAACAUUCAAACAUUUAAACCAUUAGUGUUUAUAUUAAAAAUGGCAUCAAAUGAUAAAUUUCGGAUAAUGGAGGACGAAAUGUCCAGGUUUGAAGCAGAAAUUUCCGUGGAGCAAUCGGCCUUGAUGCAUCAACAAACUAUGGCUAGACCAGUUAUUGGUGUUAACACAUAUAAUCAAGUUCAACAACAACUGCAACAAAUUGCACCAGAUCCAAUGGUGCAUCAAUCAAUCGGUUUCCCAAUGAUGUCUUCGUUCACUUCAAUUGCACAACCUCCGCCUCCUAUGAUGUUACCAACGCAAUUGCAAAGACUUAUGCAGCAUACAGUUGAUCCUAUGGAGAACAUCCAAGAAACUUUAACACCAUAUGAACCUCCGCCUCAAGUUUAUUCUGCAGAACCUGUACUAAUUGCUAAACCAACAGUGCUAAGUAGUGAACCAAAGUUAUAUAAACCAGUCGUAGAAGAAAAAAAGUCAAAAGUGGAUAUAUCAUCUAUGCAAAUAGACAUAACAAAUAGGAUUAAUCGAAUAAAAAGUGAAAGCCAUGGAUCCAAGCAAGUAGCACCUACAAAUGAAAUGGCUGCUGUAGCAAUUAUGCAAGGCAAAGCCUCCUCUAGUUUACAAUCUUUUGGUGAUGAUCGGCCAAGGAAAAAAAAUAAGAAGCUUAUUCGAACAGCAGGAGGUCAAACAUGGGAAGAUCCAUCUCUUCAAGAUUGGGAAGAUGAUGAUUUUAGAAUUUUUUGUGGUGAUUUAGGUAAUGAUGUGACUGAUGAACUUUUGAUACGAACAUUCAACAAAUAUCCAUCCUUUCUUAAGGCGAAGGUGAUACGUGACAAAAGAACCAAUAAAAGCAAAGGUUUUGGUUUUAUUAGUUUCAAGGAUCCUGCUGAUUUCAUAAAGGCAAUGAAAGAAAUGGAUGGACGUUAUGUGGGCAGUCCGUCCAUCAAAUUGAGAAAGAGUUGCUGGAAAAACAGAUCCCUCGAUGUGGUUCGCAAAAAGAAAAAAGGAAAAGCAAGCUUUGCUGAACAUGCUUACCAGCAACAAACGACAAUUUUGAACAAAAUCAAUAGAUUUUUUAUGAAUUCAGGAUUUAAAUAG